ACAGAUAAGAACCAGUCGCCUAAGGGCGAGUCGGAUGAUUUGGUCGGCGAAGGCUCCUCGGAUGGGACGGAUGUUGUGGUGGACCGAGUUCGAGCGCAAAGGGAAGCCAGGGAGCAAACCAAGAGGAGCCGCGAGGAAGAAUUUCGAAAGGCGACGGACAGGAAGAAGCAGGAGCUUUCCAAGAGGAAGGAGGAAGAGUUCCAAAAAAUGUACAAGGAAGUGUACAAGGGGCUGUCUUACGAUUCUGGGGUCACGGGGGAGUUGGAAGACCUGCUGAGAGGGGCCGACAAAGUGAGGAGAAGGAAGCGCGCCCAGCUGUACACGGACUGGGAAUGUGAGGUGUUCGGCAAGAUACAGGGAAGAAUACAGAAGGCCUUGGGGCAGAGGAAUAUAGAAGACAUCGAAUCACGCCUGAGGAGCCAAUACGAU